AUGAUUACACUUACAAGCACAGAGGUGAACUACUUGGUGUAUAGGUAUCUUAUAGAGGAGGGAUACACGCACGCUGCAUAUGUUUUUGGGCACGAAACAAUGAUAGAAGACAAUCCAGCAGUUCCGCUUUUGCAAAAGGACGCGCUAAAGAACUACAUAAUAAAAGGGAUUGAAAUGGAAUACGUCGAGAAACACUCGAAUAUGGGCACGGGGAUACAAAAGUGCACGUCAAAGUACAGCAUAUCCACGCCGCACAUGUGCAUAGAGCAGGAAAUAGAGAUACACCCGCUCUAUUUGGAGACGCAGGAGAGCGACGUGAGCUUGUGCGCGUGGGCUGCGAAUGGGGAGGUGGUGACCGGAAGCCAAAACUGUCUGCUGCGGCACUGGAGCCUGCCUGCAAUGAAAAACGAGUGGAAGCUGGGGGUAAAUCAGAAUAACGCCCACGGGAUCACGGGCGUGGCAAUUGAGUCGGACUCGCCGUUUGGCGGCACCAAAGGAGGAACGACAGUGGUGGGGACAACGCACAACGGAGACUUGUUUGUUUCAAAGGGCGAGGCUGAGUGGAAGUCGCAGCAGGGGCACCGAGGCCCCAUUGUCGCGGUUUCCUUGAAGGGCGAGGAGCUGCUGACUGGCGGUUGGGACGGCCUGUGCAAAAAAUGGAACAUAGAAAACAACUCACUUGUAGAUACAAAGGCGUGGACACUCCACAGCGGCCCCAUCAUGGACAUUCUGUCGCUAGACAGGGGAGUUGUGACGUGCAGCGCAGACGGCACGCUUGCGUGCAUAGACAGGAGUAAAAGCGACUUCCCAGUUGUGAAAAUGGAGGCGCAUGAAGGAGAGAUAAACUCCAUUGUAAGCAUGCAGGAGCGAAUUAUUUCGUGCUCGGACGACAAAAGCAUAAAAAUAUGGAAGUUCAACCAAAAGGACCCGCUAGCAGUUCUGAGCGGGCACACGCAGGAAGUCUAUGCCAUCGCCAGCGCAAGCAGCGUGUUUGCAUCUGGGUCUUUUGACGCCACUGUGGGGCUGUGGUCCCCUGAGAGAAGCGAGCCCCUCUGUUUUCUGGUUGGCCACGAGAAGCCCAUCUACACAGUGGACUUUUCGCAGGACGGAAGCCUGCUUGCGUCUGGAGGCCUCGACCCCAUAGUCAAGCUGUGGGACAUCCGGUCAAACGAACUUGUUAAGGAAUUCGACAUUGGUGCAGCAAUAUAUCAGAUUGAGUUCUCGCCCAUCAGCAAUACUUUGCUGGUGUGCAGCUCAGACACGCGCCCAAUCGUCCUUGAUAUUCGAAAAUAA